AUGGGUGACUACCAACCCGAGACUAUUGCUUCGCCCACCCCAGCCGCAAUGGGGAAUCAACUGAAGGAUACCUCUGCCAAUGAUAGCGGCGUUCUCUAUCACCAACUUCGUCAGAAGCCUCUUAACAUCGUCGGUGGAAGGGGCAGCUACCUCAUCACCGAUGACGGCCUCGAGAUUCUGGACGCCACCUGUGGUGCAGCCGUAUCUUGCCUUGGACACAGCGAUAAGCGUGUGCAUGAUGCUAUCAUGGAACAACUACAAAAGAUUCCUUACGCUUACUCGCUAUACUUCACCAAUAAUGCCGCAGAGAAUCUCUCUAGGAUUCUGGUGGACUCGACUGGUGGGAAGAUGUCUCGAGCGUUCAUCGUGAGCUCAGGUACCGAGGCCGUUGAAGCAUCUGUCAAGAUGGCCAUGCAGUACUUCAGAGAGCUUCCUACCCCGCAGCCCCAACGAGUGAACUUCAUUUCCCGCACGCAAUCCUAUCACGGCAAUACCCUUGGCUCCCUUGCCGUUGGCCAUCAUGUUGCCCGUCGAGCUAUCUAUGAGAGUAUUUUGACAAAGAACGUGCAUCAUGUAUCGCAGUGCUAUCCAUAUCGUGGAAUGAAGGACGGAGAAAGCACCGAGGGCUACGUUGCAAGAUUAGCGCAGGAGCUGGAGGACAAGUUUCAGAGUCUGGGCCCAGACACAGUAUGUGCGUUUGUGGCAGAAACCAUGUCUGGAGCUACACUAGGAUGUGUGCCUGCGCUCCCUGGUUAUCUGAAAGCCAUGAAAGAAGUCUGCGAGCGUCAUGGGGCUCUACUUAUCUUAGACGAAGUGAUGUCUGGGAUGGGCCGCACCGGAACCCUCCAUGCUUGGGAACAAGAAGGUGUCGUUCCAGACCUACAGACCAUCGCUAAGGGGCUUGGCGCUGGAUAUGCUCCGAUUGCUGGUCUUCUGGUGAACAAGCAUGUGGUCGACACACUUACUCGAGGCACAGGAGCUUUUGCUCACAGUCAGACAUACCAGGGCCACCCUGUUUCUUGUGCGGCUGCCUACAGAGUGCAACAGAUUAUCCAAGAAGACAAUUUACUUCCUAAUGUUCGUGAAAUGGGUGAAUACCUUGGUCGUCUCCUUCACGAGAAAUUGGGUGAUAACCCUCACGUUGGUGACAUUCGUGGCCGGGGUCUUUUCUGGGCUUUGGAAUUCGUGCAGAAUAAGAGCACUAAGGAAUCCUAUCCUCCAUCUAAAAAAGUUGCAUGGACUCUUCACACAACUGGCCUGAAACCGGAGUACGCAAUCUCACUGAUGCCAGGUAACGGUGGCGCAGAUGGAGUUAAUGGCGACCAUAUUUGCUUGGCUCCGCCGUACAACACCACCAAAGCGGAGAUUGAAUUGAUUGUCGAUCGUGCAUCCAAAGUGAUUCAGGAAGUCCUCGGUUGA